UGUUUGUGGUGAGGAGUGACACAAAUUUGAAUUUGCUCUCUCCCUUGAGGAUGGCUAUUGCGCAUGCGUACCAAAUGUAACAAGAUGGCGGACAGUGCGGAACUGAAGCAAAUGGUGAUGAGCCUUCGAGUUUCGGAGCUCCAGGUGUUGUUGGGGUAUGCAGGACGGAAUAAGCACGGGCGCAAACACGAACUUUUGACCAAAGCUCUCCACCUACUCAAGGCCGGUUGCAGUCCCGCAGUGCAGAUGAAGAUCAAGGAGCUCUACAGGCGGCGCUUCCCAACCAAAAUGGUUUCGCCGGUCGACCUGGCUCUGCCCAGUGUUCACUCUGCCUCCAGCCUGCCCGCUGGCCUGGCCCAGCUGGGAUUUGACAGUCACGGUUCUGCUUCGCCUCUACUGCCUGUUUCUUUACUUGGGCCUAAGCAUGAGCUGGGUUUGCCUCACCUCCCCUCCGCCCUUCACCCUGUACAUCCUGAUGUCAAGCUCCAGAGACUGCCAUUCUACGACGUACUGGAUGAGCUCAUUAAGCCAACCAGCCUCGCUUCAGACAACAGUCAGCGGUUCCAGGAAGCAUGUUAUGCUUUUGCAUUAACACCACAGCAAGUUCAACAGAUCAGCAGCUCCAUGGACAUAUCUGGGACCAAAUGUGACUUUGCGGUUCAAGUUCAGUUACGAUUUUGUUUAUCGGAGACAAGCUGUCCUCAAGAGGAUCAUUUCCCCCCUAAUCUUUGUGUGAAGGUGAACAGCAAACCCUGUAAUCUCCCGGGAUAUCUUCCUCCAACCAAAAAUGGAGUUGAACCAAAAAGGCCCAGCCGCCCCAUAAACAUAACUUCUCUUGUCCGACUUUCCACCACUGUUCCCAACACAAUUGUUGUGUCAUGGACUUCAGAAAUUGGGAGGAGUUUUUCUAUGGCCGUCUAUCUGGUAAGACAGCAGUCAUCUGCCGUGCUGUUGCAAAGACUACGAGCCAAAGGAAUUCGGAACCCUGACCACUCAAGAGCUUUGAUCAAAGAGAAAUUAACAGCUGAUCCAGAGAGUGAGAUUGCCACCACCAGCCUACGAGUCUCCCUCCUUUGUCCUCUGGGGAAGAUGAGGCUGACGAUCCCCUGCAGAGCGUUGACAUGUUCUCACCUUCAGUGCUUCGAUGCUACACUUUACAUCCAAAUGAAUGAGAAGAAGCCGACCUGGGUGUGUCCUGUUUGUGACAAGAAGGCGCCGUAUGAGCACCUCAUCAUCGACGGGUUAUUCAUGGAAAUCUUGAAUAGCUGUUCUGACUGUGAUGAAAUCCAAUUCAAAGAAGAUGGAAACUGGUCCCCCAUGAGGUCAAAGAAAGAGGUGCAGGAUGUGUCGGCUUCGUACAACGGCGUAGACAGCGAUUCGUCUCGGACCGAUACGCAUGAGCAGAAACGGGGAUCGUCUCAUGACAACAGCAGGAAUGUUGAUGUGAUUGACCUGACACUGGAUAGCUCCUCAGAAGAGGAGCUAGACGAUGAGCCGCCUCUUAAAAGGCCCUGUCCCUCACUGUCUCCCAUCUCCCCACCUCCAAGCAAGGGAGUACUGAACCUACACAGCCCGUCCCCACCUGUGAGCAGAGCCCCCAGCAUGCCAAACGUGGAGACCAGCUACAUUCCCCCCCCGCCGCCUCUCAUCCAGGACUAUCGCCACUAUUACCACACAGCCAGUGACCUGCCAGAUCUAAAUUUCUUCUCCUUCCUCCAAGGCGACAAUCAGCAUUACAACAUGGUGAUGGCUGCUGCGGCAGCUGCAUCGGCAUCCGCCUCAGAGGACCACGACUUGCUCCUCAACCGUUUCCUGCCCUACGGCUCCUCUCAGAUGCUGCGGGAGCAGCCGGGCACCCCGGGUAGCAGCACGCUGGCAGCCACCAACGGAGGCAGCAACAGUGGCAGCACCAGCAGUUUGGUGUCUUCGAGCAGUCUGCGGGACCGCGACAAAGACAGAGAGAGGGACAGGGACCGGGACAGCCACGCCAUCUCGGGAUUGUCGAGGUCCUCGGUGGAAGCUGCUGCGGCGGCCGCCAUUUAUGGCUCCAUAUCGGACGUUAUCUCUCUCGACUAGAUCCACACAAAAAACUAAGAGACAUGGGAGACCUCGAGAACAGGAGUUCUUUGUAAAUAUGGAAGGGGGAGGUGAAAGAAUACAGUGCUAUGUACAGAGAGGAAAAUCUAUUUUCAAUUUUACUUAUCAUGUGUAUAUAAACUUCGGACGCUUCUUGUCCAGUGAGUGACUUCAGUUGAUAUUUUUCUGUGAAUACUGAAGGCUUUUUCACAUUUCUUCAUGUGGUCCUUUGAUUAUAUUGUACCUUUUGUACCUGGUUUUUACAGUUUUAGUUCGAUAUUCCAUGUCAGUUGCAUUAUUUCAGUAUAUGUGCACAGAACCCAAUGAGAUGACACCUUAUGUAACGUAAUAUUUAAAGUAUAAAGAAAAUGGGCAUUGUUAUAGAUGUACAAAAGGCAAGUCACAGCAAAACAGAAACAUGUGUAACACUAUCUUCUAAAUCGCAUUGUUUUUGUCAAAACUGCUUUGACAGCAGAAAGAUGUGGCCGUUUCUGCCGUCACUGUAGAAGACAUCGAUGCUGUGGUCAUUUUAUUUUCAAGGAAUUAUUUAUGAAGUAAGUUAUGUUGUAUGUACGCGGUUUAUAAAGAAGCAUUCCUUAUGCCUCUAGGAAAUGUUGCCACUAGAAUCAAAACGCUAGGUCCUCCUGUUGUCACAUCUCUGCACCCUUUCUGCCUGUUUCAGUCAAUCACAUACAAAACGUAGUGUAUAGCUUGGACUAUACCUACAAUUCAUAUGCAUUGGGAGUAAAUCAGUUUUCUAAAAUCAGGCUUUUUUUAAAUGGGUAACUAAAUGGCAGAAGUCCAGCAAGCCACUUUCUUCUGUGUAUGCUUCGCCUAAAGCACACCUGUCUCAUUUUGAAUACAGAACAGUGGCUGGUUGACGUCUUUCAAGACAUCUUGUUUCUGAUACAUUUGAGGUAAUUUAAAAUUUCUGUCAGUUUAGCACUUGAUCUCUGUCUAACGGCCGUGUGGAGCAGUAAAGGCUCGGCCACUGUUUCAGGGAACACUUUCAAAGUUGCUGUAUGUCCCUGCAAGUUGCCUGAUAGCCCACCUGUUGUGUGCUACGCAGCUUCUUACUGAGGAUACAGUAUGCAUUGCCUUUUGGUCACGUCUCUCUGAAUCAGCCUGUGCGAGAACAGGGGUAGCUUAUUCUUUUGAUUGUACCACAAGACGCAUUUUCGCCCUGAAGUUAAAACCAUUGAAGUUAUUAAGCACGCAUCCCCUUCCUCUACUUUUCUUGACAUGUGCUUACAAUUAGGAUUAUUUAUUAUCAUAUAUAUUUUAAGCAUUUGUUUGAUUUGUGGAUAUGCAUUGCUGUCAUUGUCACAUGUGAUAUUUCUUUUGUAAUUAUAUAAUGAAUGCUAUUUAAAGAUGUCAUAGUUGCUUGACAUACAUUGUAACAUUUUCUUUGUUUUAUGAUCAGAUGAUGUCAAUAACUCAAUAGAGGCUUUGAUCAUUUUGAACCGCUA